AUGGGUUCAAGUUCAUCUAAAAUUGCUCACGAUUUCUUCUCCUUUGUUCACGUUUACGAGGACGGUCGCGUCAAGAGGUUGCUGAAUUAUAAGCCGAUCUCGCCAACUGGCAACCCGACAAUCGGCGUCCGAUCAAAAGGCGUCGUCAUCGUAUCGAAAACCAACGUCUGGGCACGCAUGUACCUUCCCAGAACCACCGACGACGACCAGAAAUUCCCCCUACUGGUUUUCAUCCACGGCGGCACUUUCUGCAUCGGCUCAGCAUUCGACCACAACUACGACAACUUCCUCCACUCUCUAAGGAUCGAAGCCAACACUGUCACCCUUUUCGUCGAGUACAGGCUGGCUCGGAGCACAAGCUCCCGGCCUACUACGAUGAUUCCUGGCCGGCCAUCGAAUGGGCAGGGACACACGCCAAAGAUGACGAUGGACAAUCCGGAACCGAAUCGUGGCUGA